AUGAAGGAACGUUCACAGGAUCAACCACCUGGUCAGUCGUUCUCCUACCCACGUCCUGAAGAGGAUUCCGCGGAGAAUGAACCCGCUUGGAAACCGGUAAAAUCUAUCAACUCGAACACCGUGAUGGUUUGGCGUGUAAAUAAAUUUAAACUGGAAACGGUGAAACCAGACAAUCACGGUCGCUUUUUCAGUGGUGAUUCCUACGUCAUCCUGAAGGUGGAUAAAGUCGGCAACGAGUUGGUCUAUGACGUGUUCUUUUGGAUCGGCAAAGAUAGCACGCAAGAUGAAUACGGAACGGCUGCGUACAAAACGGUUGAACUGGACAGUCUGUUGGACGACAAGGCCACCCAACAUCGUGAAGUCGAUGGUUUUGAGUCUGACACGUUUAAAAAGUGUUUUACUCGUUUAGAAAAACUGGACGGUGGCUACGAGUCCGGUUUCAACAAAGUCAAACCGGAGGAGUUCAAGAAACGCUUGCGUGUGUUCCACGGCGUGGAUAUCAACCAUAUUGAAUUGUCCGAAGUGUCUUUCUCUCGCAAAUCGCUCAACUCGGAUGAUGUGUUCAUUCUUGAUUUGGGCACCAAAAUGUACCAAUGGAAUGGGAAGAAUGCAAGCAAAGACGAACGUUUCCGAUCGGAAUUCCUCUCUCACCUGCCGGAUGCUCCCGUCCCAGAGAAACCGCAACAGGAGAUUGGUCAGAAAGCAAUUUACAGAUUGUCUGACGAAUCAGGCAAACUCGAAUUGACACUGGUUUGUAACGAAAUUCUGGACAAGAAGGCGCUCACCGAAGACGAUCCGUAUAUUAUCGAUACCGGCUCGGCUCUAUUUGUCUAUCUGGGUGAUAAAUGUUCCCGCAAAGAGAAGCACAAUGCUUUGCCAUGGGCUCAUGAUUACCUGAAGAAAACCACUCACCCGUUGAUCCCGAUCACCGUGGUUUCCGGUGGACGUAAAUCGAAAGAAAUGGAUAAAAUCUGGGGCUAA